AUGGGCCCGCCCCCCGUACACUCGUCGCGCCAGCCGAUCCCGAGCACCCCGCAGGCGCUGCAGUCGACGUACGCGUCGCGCCUGCGCACGGGCACGACGCUGCUCAUGCAGCCGAUCCUCGCGCCGUCGUCGGUCGCGGCCGUCGCGUCGCGCACGUCGCGCCGCGGGGGCGUCGUGAACUACACGGAGCCGGGCUCGGGCGACGAGUUCCCCGACGCGGGCGCGCUGGAGUCGGACGACUCGGACUUCGUCGCGAGCGGCGGGACGCGCCAGGCGGUAAGGGCGGCGCGGGUGUCGAGUCGGGCGCCGGUGGGCAGCUCGGUGUUCCACGCGGGCACGGGUGUGGGCGUCGCCCAGGUCGCGGCCACGCCUGUCCGGGAGGCGCAAAGGGAGAAGGCGGAGCUGGAGCAGAGUUAUUUGGGCCAGGUGCCUCCUGCUAGGUUUAUAUCUGCGAAGGCGAUGCCGCCGACGAGGCAUGAUUACUUCCCACAGACAGCAGUAGACGCACAAGCAGAAAAACCGACGGCACUCAUCCCUAUACGCGUCGAGUUCGAGACGGAGACGCACCGGAUACGCGAUUGCUUCGUGUGGAACUUGAACGAGUCGCUCAUCACCCCAGAAACGUUCGCGCGGAUUUUCUGCACGGACCUCGACCUGCCUUUGCAGCCAUGGACAGAAACGAUCGCCGCACAAAUACGAGCGCAGAUUGAAGACCAUGAAGCUGUCGCGUCUACAUAUCUCGGUGCAGAGGCCGAAAUAACAGCGCCGGAGGACGAGACUCCCGGCGACGAAGUCAACGAAUGCCGUGUCAUUCUCAGUGUUGACGUGCAAAUCGCAACCCACCACCUACUAGACCACAUCGAGUGGGACCUGCUCUCCCCGCUCACGCCCGAAGAGUUCUCUGUCAAGCUCUGCACAGAGCUCGGGCUCGCCGGAGAGUCCGCCCCGCUCAUCUCGCACGCUAUCCACGAAGAGAUCGUAAAACACAAGCGCGACGCGAUCGAGUGGGGCGUCAUCGGCGGCGACGCGCGCGAGGCCGCGGCGGACGAGAGCACGCCCGGGGCGGAGCGCCCGCGCGACAAGAGCGGGCAGAGCCUGUUCAAGGACAAGACGGGGCUUGGGUUGGCGUGGGGGCGCGCCCCGAAGGAUGGGCGCGGGCCGAAACCGCUCAGAAGCGUGUGGCGCGACUGGGCGGAGGCGGAGGAGUUCAGGACGCGGUUCGAGGUGCUCACGGCCGAGGAGGUCGAGCGGAGGGAGCUCGAGAGGGAGCGUGCGAGUCGGCGGCUUCGUCGGGAAACGUCGAAGUUCCAGUCUACGGCUCGGUCAAGGAGGAGGUGA